AUGUUCAAGGCUACCACCGUCAGGGCUAUGCAGCCCACCCGGAUGAUGUUUAUGCGCCAGAGCGCCCCGAUGUACAUGCGGCAAACGGCGCGCAUGUUGAAGCCCGUCCCUAAGGAGGAGCAAUCUGCUCACGGCGUCUCCCAACGCCUGCGCCAGCUUAAGAAGAUCCCUGCUGAGUUGAUUCCUCUCGGUGUUGUCCUUGCGGUCGCCGUCGGUGCCGCCAUCUUCUCGCUCGGCCGGAAGCUCAUGGUCGACAAGACACUCCGCCUCAAGAGGCAGGCUGGGAACUAG